AUGGCUCAUACCUCUGCCUCCGGUUCCCGCCGCCACCUCACCGUCAACCCUCCCCUUCCGAUCUCCAAAGAUGUUCAAGGAUCAGACGAUGCUAUCCCACUUUCACCCCAAUGGCUUCUUUCAAAGCCAGGGGAGAGUAAGCCUAGAAUAGGAACUAUGAUGGGUUUCAUGGUGUAUGAAAAUCAUCCUCCCUCAUACCCAGCUCAUGGAGGUCGCUCCAAAGUCAUGAAGCCGCUGGGAAAUGAUGAGGGGAUGCAUGAUACCCCAAAGAAGGAUGUUUUUAGGCCAGCCUUACUUGAUAUGGAAACUGGUCGGCGAGACCGCUGGCGUGACGAAGAACGAGACACCCAUUCAUCUGUGCGCAAUGAUCACUGGAGGGAUGGUGAUAAAGAUCCCGUUGACGCACGCAGGAUGGAUCGAUGGGCAGAUAACUUGCCUUCAAAACAAUUUGGAGAAGCACGCCGUGCACCCACCGAGUGGUGGACCGAUUCAGGUAAUAGGGACUCAAACUAUGAUCAAAAGCGUGAGAGCAAAUGGAACACACGUUGGGGGCCUGAUGAUAAAAACAAUGAAAGGUCACGAGAUAAGUGGGAUGACACUGGAAGAGAUGGUGAUAUGCCUCUUGAAAAAGGAUUGUCUCAUCUUUCCAGUCAUGGAAAGGAUGUGAGGGAGGGUGACCACUAUCGGCCAUGGAGAUCCACCUCUUCUCAAAGUCGAGGAAGGGGAGAGCCUCCUCAUCACCAACCACUAGCACCAAGCAAGCAGGCUCCCAUGUUUUCUUACGGGCGAGGACGUGGUGAAAGUCACCCUUCAACAUUUUCUGCUGGUCAUGGAAGGGGAAGUUCUGUUGGAAACCCAGGGGCUGGUAUACAUUCUCAUCAUCAAACUCUAGGAAUCAUAUCUGACAAGGGUGAUAUUGACCAUGGGGAGCCAUCUCCUUUAAGAUAUAGUAGGAAAAAAUUGCUAGAUUUAUAUACGAGGACUGACAUGAGAGUUUACCAAAAACUCGUAGAAGAGCUUGUAUCAGUGCCUUCACUUACACAGCUGGUUCUAAAGGAAAUUGACAAAGGGGACAUAACAAGUAGUGGUGCUUCACAGAUGCCUAAAGAUGGGCCUGUCGGCUGGAACUCUACUGAGUUUACUCAUUCAAGACGAAACAAGAUUGGCAGUAGAGAAGAUUUACCACCUGCUUUUGAUGAUUCUAAAGAGGAAAGCUCUGACAUUCCAAACAGCAGUUAUUCACAGCUUGAAAAGCAUAAGGGAUACCCAGAUACUAAAUUAAAAUCUGAAGCUGUGGAGAAUAGGGGUCCUUACCGAAGGGAUGAAGAGGUACCAAUAAGUAGGGAAUCUGACUCUGUUAAUCCUGGCACCUUGUGGCGAGCCUCUUCACUUGGAGAACAAUCACCUACAGUCAAACAUGACGGGAAGGAGAUUCCAAAUGAUACAAGGUCAAGAACCCCCAACAUGAGCUGGUCACAACAGAAAGAUAUGAUUAAACAGCGAGAAAGUUAUGUGAUGAAUUCAUCCUAUUCUAGAGAUGAAGCAAAUUGGCAAUCUAGUGAGGAUCCUAUCCUGAAGAGGCACCCAUCUGGUAUUUUGGAGAGGGAAUCUGAACCUAGGAAGCUGUUGGCUCCGGAGGACCUUAUCCUUCACUACAAAGAUCCCCAAGGUGAAAUUCAAGGCCCUUUUUCGGGGAUUGAUAUCAUAGGCUGGUUUGAGGCAGGGUAUUUUGGGAUAGAUUUGGAAGUUCGGCUUGCAAGUGCACCGAAGGACUCACCAUUUUCCUUACUUGGGGAUGUAAUGCCCCACUUACGAGCUAAAGCAAGGCCACCACCCGGAUUUGGUGCUCCAAAACAGGGUGAACUCUCAGACUUUUCGAGCAGACCAAAUUCUAGUAGCCUUGGGAAAGUUCAUACUGGUUCAAGCGAUAUUGAUAUGAUCAGAAAUGAGCCAAGGCCUGCAACGGAAGCUGAAAAUAGGUUUUUGGAGUCACUCAUGUCCGGUGGCAUGAACAAUCCAUCCCAAGGAGUACCUGACAGGUCUACUUCUGCUGUAAAUAAUAGUGUUGGUGGUUGGUCGAAUUUCCCUGUGCAAGGUGCAUUGGAUCCUCUUCAUGAAAAGAUUGAGUUACAUCAUGCUCAAAAUUUUCCUAACCAAGCGCCCUUGGGGAUCCAGCAACAGAGGCCGCAAACACCGACCCCACCUUCCUUGACUAAUUUGCUCGGUCAAACUAUAGACAAUCCAUCUGGCAUUUUAAAUUCUGAAAAUCUUAUCUCCCCAGCUUUAUCUCAGGACUCCCAACUGCUAAAUAUGUUGCAGCAGCAGUAUUUAAUGAUGCAGCUGCAACCCCAGACACCAGUACAACAAAAACAACAGCUGUUGCUUCUUGAUAAGAUCAUGUUGCAUAAGCAGCAACAGGGACUGGAGGAACAGCAAAAGUUGCUACGGCAACAACAAUUGCUCUCACAGAUUUUGCAAGGAAAUCAGUCCCAGCAGUGUUUUAGUGAACCCUCUUAUGGACACUUACAAACUACAAUGCCAACAGGGAAUUCAUCCAUGGAUCCCAGGUUAGAUAUUUUUCAGACUGGUUCACAGAUCCCAGGCACACAAGAUGAACAUGCCUUUAACUUAAUGAAUCUGCCUCCACAAAUUACCACGGAUACAAGUUAUGCUGUUAGUUCUGGAUCCCCACCUGUGCUGCUACCUCAUGAGAUGCACAGUAGUAUCAAUCGUGAGAAGAGCUUGGGGACUGAUGCAUCAGAACUGGUUUAUGGCAUCCAACAGUCUUUGCCAGUGACAACAAUCAUUGAAAGAUUACCCUCAUUGGAAGUUGGCUUAUCCUCUCAGGAGACUUCUCUUGUACAAGAGCCACCCCUUACAUCAAACUGCCAUGCUCUUACUGUGGAGCUGCCACAGGACUCUGCUCAGAAGAUUGAUAAAAUUAUACCAGCUGUAUCCCUUGCGAAUGCUGCAAGUUGUGGAACCUUGGAACACAAUGAAACUGCUACUGCUAGAACCUGUAAAACUGAUACACCUAAUGAGGAUGUUCAAUCUACUGGGGCUAAUGAUGAACUGCAAGUUCAAAGAGGGAAAAGCAAUGAGCAGCCUUCUGUUGUGAGAGAAGUUAAGAAUGUUGAAGUUCACGAGGUAAGAAAAACUUCAGAAAAGAAGUCUAGAAAGCAAAAAGCUAGUAAAUCACAAGCCUCUGACUUUGCAAAGGGACUUUCAAAGGCUUCCUCUUCGGUGCAAAUGAAACCGCCUGAAACUGAAGCGCCAGUUGUUGGUGAGACUAACAGUACUGGACAUAACAUUGAUGUGAUGUCUCCAGGAAAGGCAGAAGAGAACAAGUUCAUUAUUUCCCCCAUAGAUCCUCCCUAUGCUAAAAGCACUUCAGCUGCUAACAAUGUUGUGGUUGAUGAUGAAAACAAAGAACCAAAGCGUGAGUCCCAACUUUCUGAUUCUUUCCCAGUGCAGAAACCAACUGUACAGCCUGCAGCAAGUGCUUGGAAACCUGCUCCUGGCUUCAAGCGCCAGUCAUUAUUGGAAAUUCAACAGGAAGAACAUAGGAAGACUCAAAUGGGGAUGGCAGUAUCAGAGGUUACUUCUGUGAACUCUAUGAAUUUGUCAUCUCCGUGGGCUGGGUUUGUGUCUAGUUUAGAACCCAAAGUUUCUAGAGACAGUCAAGGAGAUGCAGAUUUUGCUAAGUCAGCUACUGUGAUAACUGAAAGUUCUGUAAAGUCAACUAGUAAAAAGAGCCCGUUACAUGACCUGCUGGCAGAAGAAGUUUUGGCAAAAUCCAGUGAAAGAGAUGCAGAUGUUCCUGCUACAAAUGUGGAACCUAUCGAUGAUGACAAUUUUAUUGAGGCUAAAGAAACUAAAAAGAGCCGAAAAAAGUCUGCCAAAGCAAAGGGCACAGGAGCAAAAGUUUCAGUUCCUCUUAGUACUGCUGACAGUCUUCUUGUUAGUUCAAGUACUGUAGGCAAAGGAUCUCGUCCAGCACAGCUGGAGAAGGAAGUGUUGCCUUCAAUUCCCUCGGGUCCUUCUUUGGGAGAUUUUGUUCCUUGGAAAGAGGAGCAAGUAAACACCUUUCCUGCUCCAGCAUGGUCUGCUGAUUCUAAGAAACUUCCUAAACCCACAUCAUUACGUGACAUCCAAAAAGAGCAGAAGAGGAAUUCCUCCUUCCAGCCCACAAAACCAAUUACCACUAAUAAAUCGCAAACAAAUCUAUCAACUCCACAGGGUGUUUCAUCAUGGUCCAUAACUGCAUCUUCACCAUCAAAGACAGCAUCUCCAAUCCAGAUAAAUUCUCAUGCAUCCCAGUCAAAACAUAAAGGAGAUGAUGACCUAUUCUGGGGUCCAGUUGAUCAGACAAAUCAACAAACAAAGCAAGGUGAUUUCCCAGUUCUAGCAAAUGCGAGCAGGUGGGGUACCAAAAGCACGCCUACUAAAGGAACUUCAAGUGGGUCAUUAAAUCGGCAAAAGUCAGUAGGUGGCAGGCCUAUUGAGCACACUCUGUCAUCCUCUCCUGCCUCUGCUCAGUCCUCCCUUAAAGGGAAAAGAGAUAUGAUGACCAACCAUUCUGAGGCGAUGGAUUUCAGAGAUUGGUGUGAGAGCCAGUGUGUUAGGCUUAUUGGAACAAAAGAUACGAGUUUCUUGGAAUUUUGUUUGAAGCAAUCUAGAUCUGAGGCUGAGACACUUCUAGUGGAGAACCUUGGAUCGUUUGAUCCAAAUCACGAGUUCAUUGAAAAAUUUCUCAACUUUAAGGAGAUGCUGCCAGCCGAUGUGCUUGAGAUUGCUUUUCAAAGGCGACAUGAUGGAAACUUUGCAGAGUUGAGAACCAGAAAUGUGAAUUCCGGCAAUGCAAGCAUUGUGGAUUUCGACCAAGAUGUUGGAGUCAGCCCAGAUGGGUCUUCGAAGGGGGGUGGGAAGAAGAAAGGGAAGAAAGGAAAGAAGGUGAGUGCGGCUGUUUUGGGAUUCAACGUGGUCAGCAACAGGAUUAUGAUGGGGGAGAUUCAGACAGUAGAAGAUUGA